AACGAUCGAUUGAGUUUAACUACCGUGGUUAGGUGUAUCGUCUCUAAAUAGGAGGUAGGCAAGUUAUACACACUGAAGUAGUAUGGUAACUACGAUUCACGAACGGAAAUUAGUUUUUACUGUUCGAUUAAGGAAUUCGAUAUUAACGAUACGCGUAACGAUGUCGUCUAAGCCGAAACAAGAUUUACCGGCAGAAGAAGAAACAGAGGAAGACUUCAUGACAAGAAUAACUCAACCUAGAAUAUGGACAGUCUUCAAAUCAGAAUUCAUUUUUCAAGUAUUUGUUGACGAGCGAUUCGACGAAGUCUUAGAUAUGUUUAAAAAUAAUUAUAUUUACGAAGAAUCACUGUGCAAUAAUAACACAUUGUCAUCAGAUCAAGAUUCAGUUGAUCAAUUUUUAUAUUUGAUCAAACAUUGGAUUUCGGAUACUCUAUCAUCAAUCGUAAUUGAAAAAAGCUCCGGGAAAUGUAUUGGAAUAAUUGUCUGCAGAUUUUGUUCGAUUGAAGAUAACUCAUUAGAGUUUAGCAGAUUGAGAUUGUACGAAGGAGAAAAAUGGAAUAUAAUACAGAAUUUCAAAAACUACUUGAGCCAAAAAGUUGACAUUUACAAAUAUUACAAAACUGUAGCAUUCUUCAGAGUUUAUGCUUGGUUUAUUCUUCCUCCGUAUAGAGGUCAAGGACUGGGUAAAAAACUGUUGGAGUGCGUAAUCAAUCAGCAGUUACCUGAAAUGGUGCAUCUGGGGUGCAACGUGAUAUCAGGAAUAUUCACUAACAAAAAGAGUCAAGGAAUAGCGAACUCUUUGGGUCUGAAAACUUUGUACGAGGCUAAUUACCCCGAGUGGGCUAAUCAAAACAACGUCGUGUUGAAUAAAAACGUUAAAGCUGAAAAUACAACAGCCAGUGUGAUGGCUUGUCAAAUAAAUGAGAAGCAAACUCUGCAGUCAUGAUGCUAUAUUCGAUGAACCCGUCAUUAUUCGGAUAUAAUAGUAGUCUUUGAUUUAAUCAGUUUAUUUAAUUGGUUUUCGAUUUUGUUUGAUUUAAUUUAUUUAAUCGCGACUAGAGAUGAAUAAAUGUUUAAAAUGGAUUUGAAUUAUAAUUAUUUUUAAUUUACACGUUCAACAAAUGAUUCUAAUGCGAAUAUACACGGGUAAAUAGUGAUUAUUUGUUUAAUUUAAUCAGAAUAUGACAUGCAAUCAUAUUAUACUAUAGCUAAUAUUUGUAUUAUUACGUUCAAGUGACCACGAACAAUAGGUCGUAGGUAUUAACCAACAUUUGAAAAUAAAAAGCUAUAUAUACCUAAAUAAAAAAUAUCUAUAGGUAUAUAAAAUAAAAUACUCAAACAUCAACACAAAGGCCAAAUUGCUGAAAGCUGAGUCUAGAAACUCGUAAUUUUGCUUAUGAGGUCCCUUAUAUAAAACGUCAAAGUCGGUUGGAAAAUGUUUUAAACGGGAUAAAAAUCCCGAAACGUAGUAUAAUAAGAAUCUAUAAAAUAAUUAAUUGAAUGAAACGUAAUUGGUAGAUUUUUAAAAAUCAAUCUCAAUUCCUAAGGGCAGAGAUUCCCAAACGUUGGAUCCUGGCUUGUAAUCCAAUACCGGGUCGUAAUUAUAUUUUUGGUGAUUCACCAAACAUGCUCACCCCUCUUUUUAAUUUAAUAAUGAAUUCAUUCAAAUUCCAAUUUUUGGAGUUUUUAAAUAUGUUUUAUGACCAUAUUUAAAAAUUCUUGAGAUCUUUUUUUUACUGCUUAAGGGGCGUUAGUAAUUUCUGUUUUUCA